AGGCCGCAGGGGAAUCUGGCACCGGCCAGCACGCCCCCUCCCGCCGCUUCCUCCUCCCUGCCUUCCCUUUCCCCAGAUCCGAAGCCAUUAAACCAGCGGAUCUCGCCUCGGGGCGCGGCCGCGGCACCCGGGCAAGCGCGCGGAGAGGCAGCAGCCAUGAGAUGGUAUGCAUCGGUAGCCUCCUGAGGGCGCUGGUGCUGCGUGCGGCGGCGUCGUCUGCGGGCAGGCGCCGGGGGCCCAGGGUCCUGUGCGGCCGGGCGGCGGAUGUGCGCGUGACGCUCCGGCACGGAUACGGCUGGCGCGGGCUCCGGGCGGUCGCGGGCAGGAUGAUGCUGGACUCCUCUGACCCUGCCUCCCCCGCCGCGGCGGAGGCGGGGCAGGUGCAGCCGCAGCGACGCGCGGCGGGGGCGGUGCCCCAGGCGCACGACGGCGGCUACGCCAGCGGCGGAUGGGAGAGAGAAGAUAGUAAACUGAGUUGUGGAUACUCAAGUUUCAGAGGGAAGAGGGCUACUAUGGAGGAUUUCUAUGAUGUGAAGCUAACUGAAGUUGAUGGACAAGCUGUUAGCCUGUUUGGUGUUUUUGAUGGUCAUGGAGGAUCACGUGCUGCUGAGUAUUUGAAGGAACACUUGUUUGAGAACCUUCUGAAGCAUCCUGAGUUCUUGACGGAUACAAAGCUUGCUAUAAGUGAAACAUAUCAGAAAACAGAUACAGAUUUCUUGGAAUCAGAAUUAAGUGCCUUUAGGGAUGAUGGUUCGACAGCUUCAACUGCAGUUUUGGUGGGUGACCAUCUGUAUGUUGCAAAUGUUGGUGAUUCUCGUGCUGUUAUUUCAAAAGCUGGCAAAGCUAUGGCACUUUCAGAAGAUCACAAACCUAACAGGAUUGAUGAGCGAAAGAGAAUUGAAAAUGCUGGUGGUAUCGUCAUUUGGGCUGGUACUUGGAGGGUAGGUGGUGUAUUGGCAAUGUCCCGUGCAUUUGGCAAUCGUUUACUGAAGCCAUAUGUGGUGGCAGAACCUGAAAUUCAGGAAGAACAGGUCAAUGGGGAGCUGGAAUGCCUGGUUCUAGCUAGUGAUGGGCUCUGGGAUGUCGUGGAAAAUGAGGAAGCUGUUUCCCUUGGGAAAUUGGAAGAUGCUGCUGAGUCUGCAGCUCGGAAACUGACAGAGAUCGCCUACUCUCGUGGCAGCGCCGACAACAUUACAUGCAUCGUGGUUCAGUUUCACCAUGAUAAAACUGGAUGAGAUAUCGGACAACAUUACAUGUGACGUGGUCCAAUUUCACCACGACAAAAGCUGGAUGAGGCGUGGGGCGGCUGAUUUCCGGUAAUACCCUGCUUCAGGCUAUUAUUAUCCUGCAAGCGGGUGUUGGGGUUUCUCCCAGAUUUAUCACUCAUGUAGCAACUGCCAAGAACUGUUCCAUUGAUUCUUUGUUGCCCUCUAGGAAACAUUUUUGUUCCAACCGCUGUAAGAGACAUUUUUAAUCUGAUGAAUUUAUAAUAUAUCGAUUUGUGUUUAUCGUUA